CUCGGCUGAUGAGUGGGAGAAGCCAUCGACAUCCAUCCAAUUUCCCACCCACAUUCAUUGGGUUCAGAAGGGACUGGGAAUCGGCAUGCGGCAUAGUACUCUGUACUUACCUACCUACCUUACUUAACUUAUUGUGAACAUUCAUGUUGCUUUUAAUCAAAUUGUUCGUUCGCUAAUAAUUCAAAAUUAGCUGCAGCCACUGUCGUUCUCGCUGUUUCUCUUUAAUUGUAUUCGUCGUUGCGAAAGCUUGGACGAAUAUUCAUUCGCUACCUCGCAUUGGAUCCAUGUUGGAGAGUCUAGAAAGUGGUCAAACCACCACAACCCCCGGUUGCAUCUUGUCGCAAACGGGUCUUCUGCUGUUACGAAAUCUCCAAUCGCGCCUUCACCGACCCUCACUAAAAUAAAACCCCUGCUGGGUUUCUCUCGUGGUGCUCUACCUACCGAACCUGUCCGUCCUAGCCAAGCGAAUAUUGCAAGCGUCGUUGGCUCGUUCGUCCUUGAUCUUUAAUCUUAGCUUCCACCUCCAACCUCGACCUUGACCUCAGCCUUGGUCUGACCUCGUUUUACCGAAGUUGUCCCCAAUCAACCUAAAGAUCGCCGCGAUCCUCCUCGACUCUUGGACAGUAAACAUCUCUUGAUAUUCAUUUCUGUCUCCCCUCGGUUCAGGCUCGCGGCGAGUCUUAACGCGCCUUCUCCAUGAAGAGGCGCUCCUCCGGGUCGGCCGAUGACGGUGACGAAUCCUCCCUCGACUCCGAUAUUCCCGACCCCGAUCCUAAUUCGAAAACGCGCACAUCACCCGCACGAGCUCGAAGACCGAGUAGUCUCAAUUGGAAGCCCUCCAACGAUCGCAAUGGCAGAAACGGCCAGCCUCGCGAAGAGCCUCGUCAAACGACCGCCCUGAAGCCCACCUCUCUUGCAGCACCAUCCACCCCCGACAUGGCUCUGGCUAGGACACCGACGCAGUCUCCGUCGCCGAAUCGACGCAUACCCCGUCCACGCUUCUCCAUCGUUGUCUUGCUCACUUCUGCAUUGGGUAUCGUCAUCCUUAUCAGUAUCCUAAGGUCUCUUGUGACCAGUCAACUCGAUCCAAAGGGUUGCCGGAUGUCGUACAUGCGCCCAUCAUAUGUGCGCUUCACCGAGUUUGAUACGGAACAUACACGCUUUGCAACCAAGUAUUCGUUGUAUCUGUAUCGAGAACAAGGCAUAGAGCCACCGGACAAGCUUCUGGGCAUCCCUGUCUUGUUCAUCCCCGGAAACGCAGGCAGCUAUAAGCAGGUCCGUCCAAUCGCUGCCGAAGCAGCAAAUUACUUUCACAAUAACCUUCAGCACGAUCGUGGCGCUCUUGAUGCUGGUAUCCGGAGUCUAGACUUCUUUACCGUGGAUUUCAACGAGGAUAUCACAGCAUUUCAUGGCCAGACGCUACUCGACCAAGCCGAAUAUCUCAAUGAAGCUGUUCGCUACAUCCUGUCGCUUUACUCUGACCCCCAACGCGCAACUCGAGAGGGCCAUCUCCCUGAUCCGACAUCAGUUAUUGUUUUGGGACACUCUAUGGGCGGAGUGGUCGCAAGAGCUAUGCUUGUUCAACCUAAUUACCAAACGAAUUCGAUCAACACCAUUAUCACAAUGUCGGCACCGCAUGCUCGCCCCCCUGUCACUUUUGACGGGCAAAUAGUUCAAAUUUACGAUGAGAUCAACGAUUAUUGGCGUCAGGCUUAUUCGCAAAAAUGGGCGAACAACAACCCUCUGUGGCAUGUUACUCUGGUUUCGAUCGCCGGUGGUGGGUUAGACACGGUGGUUCCAUCAGAUUAUGCAAGUCUCGAGUCUCUGGUUCCUCCGACACAUGGUUUCACUGUCUUCACAACCGGUAUACCGACUGUCUGGACAAGUAUGGACCACCAGGCUAUUCUUUGGUGUGACCAGUUUCGGAAAGUCAUCACCAAGACUCUCUAUGAUAUUGUCAAUGUUCAUCGAGGAUCGCAAACCAAGCCGCGAGCUGAUCGAAUGAAGACCUUCAAAAAGCGAUUCUUGACAGGAAUGGAGCCAACUAUGGAAAAGGACUUGCCACUGAAAGAAGCCACCACUCUUCUGACAUUGAGCGACGACUCAAACUCGAUUCUUCCAGCAGGACAGCGGCUCGUCCUUAGUCAAAUCGGCCAGCAGCCGAAGCCUCGAGCCCAUCUGCUUCCCAUCCCACCUCAAGGAUCUCCCGAGGUCAAACGGUUCACCGUUCUUACGGAUGCUUCUUUAGACGAAGCUGGUGAAAAUGGCAAGGUGGAAGUCUUGUUCUGCAGCGUAUUUCCCUUCCAGUCUGGGCAAGCCACAUCGCUGUAUCCAUUCCAAAUUGAUCUCUCGACCGAUGAUAGCGGCUCGACAAGGCUUGCUUGUAAGAACGCUGCAUCAGACCGUAUUCUGCUGCCUGCAUCCACAUCCUCGUCUAGAUAUCCUUUCUACCUCGACCGAGAGCGAGAAAUUGUCCCUUUCUCAUACCUUCAAUAUGAUCUCGACCAGCUACCCGAUCACCAAUUUGUGGCUAUUAUAGAGAAGUCUGUUUCAAGCACGCGCAGUUUCUUGAUUGCAGAGUUCAGCGAUCAGUCUGCGUUUUCGAAGAAAGAAGACGCUAGUCUAGCGAAAUUACUUUUAUCUGGAAUCACCGUGGACCUGCCUGCAAACCGGCCUCUGACCACAGAGGUCAACAUCGCCUCGUUGCAGUCAGCUCUUCUUGCCUACAAGCUGGAAAUCACAAGUCCCCAUUGCCAAGCUGAAAAGGUCCUCUUCAGCCCUUUGGUCCGACAAUAUCUUGAUCAGCCAUACGAGUCCAAGUAUUUUGUGAACGCUCAAUCUGUCGAUGUCAGUUUGCAUGGCGUGGCUCCCUAUCUUCCCCCCUCGCUGGGAUCUGGGGCUGAAAAGGGGGUUACGUUCCAAGUUUGGACAGAUCCUUCAUGCGGCUCAAGUAUUCACCUUCAGAUCAAGCCUGAUUUCUGGGGCAGCCUCGGCAAGCUCUACAUGAGGUACCGAACUGUCUUUGCCGCUUUCCCUAUGUUAACGGUUGCUCUCGUUUUGCGCAAGCAGUUCCGCGUUUACGACAGCUCAGGGGUUUUCAUCUCAUUCUCACAGAGUCUGGAUUUGUGUCUUCGCCAGUCGAUACCGCUACUGCUUGUAUCUCUGACGCUCUUGUCGAUGUCAAUGGAAGGAGUUCCAGCUACCUGGCUCGGCAGAUGGUGGUACCAAGCGCCUGCUGCACCCUUAUCCAUUGACUUUCAUCGCCACGACAUUCUUAUUGGGACGGACGAUCCCUUCUUCUGGUUUCUUGUCCCCCUGAUUGGUGUCGUUUGCAUUGGAGUUUGUGCCAUGGUUCACUACAUGACCAAAGCCUUCACGCAUGUCCUUGGCUUCCUUUAUUGGGCACUAACCCUACUCCCCCUCUCAAGCGGAGCUGAAGAUGAUGGUGUAGCGAGAACACCUGCAUUCGUCCCGUCAACUCCCAAGAGGCGUAUGAUCACUACAGCCAUUCUGUUGUUCCUGGUCUGGACAUUCAUUCCCUACCAAUUUGCCUAUCUGGUGGCAUGCUUGGUGCAGCUUUUCACGGUGAUACGAGCUCUUCGUAUCAAUGAAACUGCCCCUUCGGAUGCAAACUCGAAUUACUACCACUAUGCACACUCUGUCCUGCUCCUAAUGCUGUGGAUUCUCCCAAUCAAUCUACCCAUCCUAGCAGUAUGGAUUCGCAACUUGGCUGUUCAUUGGCUCACGCCAUUUUCUUCACACCAUAAUGUUCUUUCAAUAAUGCCCUUCAUCCUUCUCGUGGAGAAUCUGACAACAGGCAAGAUGGUGCCCCAAGUUGGUAGACUUUUUGGUUAUGUAACGAGCCUGCUUCUUUUCGCGACUGCGCUUUACGCCGCCAUGUACGGGAUCUCUCACGCGUAUAUGCUUCACUACUUGGUGAACAUCAUUGCUGCUUGGCUGGUCGUGUUGCAUUCUACUAAGGACCCCUUCUCCCUAAGCGGUCUCGGCGCGAUUUUUGAAAGUAGCCCAACAGAGGAACACAAAAAGUCUAAGGCUUCUUUAUGAAGGACUCGUACGACCACGAUCAUAUCGUGGAUCAUAAUGUCUCCUGUUGCCACGCUUUCGUGCGUAUCAUCACAUAGGAUUGUCAUUACUUCAACAAGGCACGACCAUUUCGCGAACCAUACACUACCUACUUUGUUUUCUGUUCUCACGAAUUAUUAUUCUUCCUGGUUGGUUUGCAGCGCGGGCUUGCCCGGUAAUACCUAUUUAUUUUGCAUGGUUCUGGAAUCAACGUCUGCUGAGCAUCUGCUGAUAGACAGCGUUGUACGCCUCCUGUCGGCACCAGUCCACGACAUGAGCAUUUGUUCGGCGUUUUAUGGGUAGAUGGCACAAUACAGGGAAGGUUGGAAGAGCCUGGCUUCAUUUGCAGGGUGUCAGUCACCUUUGCCUAUUUUGGCUUUGGUUCUUGUUCAAACGUUGCCAUUCUUAGAAAUGACAUGAUGGUGGAUUAAUUCUAAUGUCAAGCCUCGUUUUGAUGAUUGUGAAAUAAGACCUUGGAUAUGUGAACGAGGCAUCAUCAAUCAUCAAACAGUAAACUUUGAUUUGCAUCUAAAUCUCCAAUGAGACUUUGUCCAUGUUAAUCUUCAUGUUAUUGCCUAAUUGUGAAAGUGAAACGCCAGUCUAUCUUCUCGUCUAAUGUCCCGAUUGUAAUCCUACGUUCAGGAGAAUUCCUUCCUAAACGCCGUUGAAGCUCCAGGUACCAUCUAGUGGAAUGCCACCAGGAUGAGGCAAAAGACACGAACUUCAGCAUGUGCCACAAUUGAGCACUCCUAAUCCUCUUCGUCGCCCUUAUCCAUUGCUCUGAGAUAUUUAUUAUGUCGGUGACGGAUCGCCCAAAGAGUGAUACCCGUUCCCGCGCAGCAGGAGAUGAGGGUAACCCAGUAAGCUGAGCGAUAGCAUUCGAGUCCAACUGAGCAGAAACGCUCACCGUCUGGUCCAACAACACUAUGCUGGUCAUAGAUUUUGCCAUAAAAGAUAUUAAAAAUGUUGGACGAAAUGACGGGAGCCAUGGUCAAGAAGCCCCAGUUUUGGCUUAAUCCCCGAACGCCAAACAUUUCGGCGACAAGAGAAGGAGAUACGCCGAAUAGGAAGCCAUAGGCGAGUCCUGAUGGACCCGAAACCAGCCCGAGGAGUUGUGGGUUCUCAAUAUUCAAUGCACACACUUGAGCGAAGAUGAAGACUGCGCAAGCGACGACAAGACACCAGAGCCUGCUGGCGUGAAGCUUGUUCACCAAAAAGUCCGAACCCACGCCUAAAGACUAUGAUUAGAACUGGGGAAACAAGCCUGGGUUUACUAAUGCGACUCACCACUCAAUAGUCUACCCAAGAA